AUGCGCGUCCUGCCAAGCGGGGAGCAGAAUCCCCCCGAACGGAGGACGCCCAAACCGGAGAGGAAGUUUAAAUGUAGCACCUGUGGCAAGUACUUCCACCAGUCCUCCCACCUGGUGGCCCACCAGAUAAUCCACAGCGGAGACAGGCCCUUUAAGUGCCCCGAGUGCGGGAAGAGUUUCGGCCGUGCCUCGCAUCUCAAGACGCACCGUCGGCUGCACACGGGCGAGAAGCCUUUCAAGUGCACCUACUGUGACAAGUCCUUCACCCAGAAGGCCGGGCUCCUCGCACACGUUCGUCUGCACACCGGGGAGAGGCCGUUCAAGUGCGAGCAAUGCGGUCAGGGGUUUCGUUUACUGUCGCUCCUGCUUUCUCACAAGGCCCAGGAGGCCUCCGGACGGGCCAGACCGGCAUCGGGGCCGUCGCGCCACCAGCCUCAGAGGACGGAGAGCUGCUCGGAGGAUCUGAAGUGCGGCGUCUGCUGCCGCACCUUCGUGCGCUCAUCCUACAUCCGGCUGCACAUACGGCUCAACCGAGGUCAGCGACCUUAUCACUCCAAAGUGUGCAACAAGACUUCACUUCUAGAGCCACAAGAGACGGGCUCCAGCUUGCUAAAAGAAGUUGCAGUGGAUUCUCAUGUGGGCGACACGAAGAGCCCUGCAAACGUUUUCAGAGUGAACGGACGGCGGGGAACUGGCCACUUCAGGGUGAGACGAAGCACACUCCAGCACAAUGAAGAGACGGUUUAA